AUGAAGUUGCUGGAGAUUAACGAUCCUCUCGAAGUGAUCCCGAUCGGUUGCCGGUUGCUAGAACUGUUAGGUUUGGGACGCGAUGAUAAGUUCAAGCUCCUCUACUGGGUGCAGGUCGUUUUCUAUCUUGUGUGUAGUAUCGUGCCACGCGUGUUGAUGAAAGUCGAGGACACAGUCACGCUACUGCGUCUUGGGUCAGAGCUAGCGUUUGUGUCGUACUUGUACUCCCAGAUACUGGCACUUUACUUUCGACGCGCCCGUCUCUAUGACUUGGUGGAUUCACUGCAGAAAUGCGCCCGCAAGCGCUAUUCCGACAACAUUCUGUCGUUUCUCGUUGAAUCGAAUGGUAAAAUUAACAAGGUGUCGAUCGCAUGCUGCAAGUACUUUAUGCUUGCGUACGUCCUGUACUGCGUGAUGCCACCCGUUACAUCGAGCAUCAUCUAUUUUCGCAACAAACGCAACGAAACGGGCGAGCAGGAAGAGUACAUCAUUUCCACCGAGAUGAACUUGUACUAUCUGGACAUACGCUUCAACUUGGUGCAUUACGCCAUCUACACCGUCACGAUAUGCCUGCUGACCGUGACAUCGGCUCUGACACUGUGCACGAAGGACGUUUUCGACGUAUCAGUCAUCCGCAGCACGUCGAUGAUGUUCCAGGUGACCGCUAUGCAGAUCCGCGAGCUACAGGGUCGUAUCACCCAGUCGGACCUGAACACCAUAAUUGUGUCGCAUCGUGACACGUUGGAGUGUGCGAAAAAAUUGCAAAAAUCGCUCAAUCUCUCGCUGCUGUUUCAACUUACGUUUUGCAGUGCCAUCUGGUGUCUGAUGUUGUUCUACAUUCUACUGAUGGGAUUUGACUCACGAAUCAUGAAUGUUGCCUUGCUGCUGGUGAUCGUAACGAUCGAGACCUACGCCUACUGUACCCUAGGCACGCAGCUAACGGAGAAGCUGAACGACGAGUGGGAAUGA